AUGUCGAUUCUCAUGGUGUCCGUUACGGAACUUCGUGGAUUAACCAAGAAUUAUCCUUUCAGGUUCAUCAUCAAUCCAUCCACCCUUCAAUCUGCAGUCCUAACAGAUAUUGCGAACAGCUCCCAUUGCCUAGACGAGGCCAAAAAUCGCGUCUACUCCGACCCCGCGUCAAACCGUUCCUGGAACUUGUGCUGGCUGGUGCUCAGCAAGAUCCAAACAGAUCAACUCGUGCCAUACUAUGCCCGCUACCAGGCUUCGCAGCCGGCAAUGUGGGGAGGGCAUACCCCGUCGUCUGAGCAGAUCACGCAGCUCACAGCGGCAUUUGUGGCGGAGUGGAAUUAUGCGGUUGGACAGAUGUUGAGACAUUGGGCACAACCGCCGGUGCGGUAG